UUAUCGUUUUGUAAGAGUCAUGAUAUUUGCCAUUGAAGAGAUUAACCAAAAUCCCAGUUUGCUUCCAAAUAUAACACUGGGAUUCCAGAUCUAUGAUUCGUGCUACACUGAAGUCCGAGCACUACAAGGAGCUUUAUGGAUUUUGACAGGAAACAAAGAAACCAUUCCAAAUUACAGUUGCCACCCUUCAGUCACACAUUCUGCCAUUGUUGGUGAAAUGGCAUCCAGGCUUUCAAUGACUGUAUCAAGAGUGCUGUCACUGUAUCGUUAUCCACAAAUCAGCUAUGGUGCUGUUAUUUCUACCCUCAGUGACAAACAGCAGUUUCCAUCCUUCCUUCGAACAGUUCCAAGAGAUAGCUCAGAACCUUAUGCUUUGGCACAGCUCCUAUGGCACUUCAAAUGGAACUGGAUAGGCAUCAUAUCUUCCAACGAUGACCGUGGAAUACUAAGCAGUCAGGAACUGCGUAAUGAAUUUUUUAAACUGGGUGGAUGCAUUGCUUUCUUGGAAACAGUAUCCUUGCAUAAUUCUAGAAAAUCAAUCCUCAGAGUAGUAGAUGUGGUUAAGGCAUCUUCGGCCAGUGUCAUUGUUGUGUACUGUUCGGCAGAAAAUUUAACACCAUUCAUGGAAAUGGUUGCUAUGCAAAAAGUUACAGGAAAAGUAUGGAUAAGUUCCUCAAGUUGGUCUGUGUCUUCAGAUUUUUCCAGCACUGACAUUCUUAAAGCAUUAAAUGGUAGCAUAGGGAUUGCAUAUGAAAGAGAGGAAAUUCCUGGGCUUAUGGAACACCUCCAGGGUCUUCAUCCAGCCACAUCCACAGAUGAUGUAUUUAUUCAGACUUUCUGGGAGAAGUCCUUUGGUUGCUAUUGGCCUGCAUCUGAAACUAAACUUCAGGGCAGUUCAAACAAAACAUUUUGCACUGGUUAUGAGACAAUGGAGAAUGUAGAUGUUUCCUUGUAUGAUGCUCAUAAUUUCAGUUUUGUCUAUACAGCAUACAAUGCAGUAUAUGCAGUGACCCAUGCUCUGCACAACCUGUUGUCAUGUCAACCAGGGAAGGGGCCUUUUGUAAACCAGUCUUGUGCUCACAUCCUGCAUUUUUGGCCUUGGCAGCUGUUCCAUUACAUAAAAAAUGUCCAGUUUUCAAACAAAGUCGGUGAUGACGUGUUUUUUGAUGAGAAUGGUGACCCUCCAAUUAUAUAUAACUUUCUUAACUGGCAGAUGUUUUCUGAUGGAAGUAGUACAUACAAGAAAGUUGGUGUAUUUGAUUCACGAGCACCUCCUGGAUAUGAACUCAGCAUUAAUGAAAGUGCCAUCUUGUGGUUUGGAGGAUACAAUUGGGUCCCAAGGUCUGUUUGCAGUGAAAGCUGUGUUCCAGGAUACCGCCAGUCAGCCUUUGAGGAUCGCCCUUUGUGUUGCUUUCAGUGCAUACCUUGUCCUUUGGGGGAGAUCACAAACCAAACAGAUUCCAUUGAUUGUCGCAAAUGUCCACAGCACCAGUGGUCCAAUGAACUGCAGGACAGAUGUAUUCCAAAGCAUGUAGAUUUUUUGGCAUUUGAAGAUUUGCUUGGGAUGUCCCUGGCAUUCAUUGCAGUAAUCUGUUCCUUGUUUACUCUAGUCAUCCUUUCACUUUUCAUCAAAUACCGUGAGACACCAGUUGUGAAAGCUAACAAUCUAAGCUUGAGCUACCUUCUCCUACUGGCUCUAAUACUUUGCUUUCUCUGCUCCCUGAUGUUUAUUGGUCGUCCAAUGAAUGUGAACUGCAUGAUACGCCAAGUCGCUUUUGGUGUUGUCUUUUCAUUUUGUGUGACUUGUAUUCUAGCAAAAACCGUUGUUGUUAUCAUCGUAUUUAAUGCAACACAGCCAGACAGCAUAUUAAAGAAGUGGGUUGGGACCAAUGUACCCUCCUAUAUUAUCUUCAUUUGUACAGCAGUUCAAGUCCUUAUAUGCACUUGCUGGCUUACAGUAUCACCACCUUUUCCAGUACUUAACAUGAGCUCUGAACCUGGAUGGAUAAUUAUGGAAUGUAAUGAGGGUUCAGCCAUAGCCUUUUGGUGCAUGCUGGGAUAUAUCUGCAUCCUUUCAGGGAUCAGCUUUCUGGCUGCUUUCAUGGCAAGGAAAUUACCUGAUACUUUUAAUGAGGCAAAAUAUAUCACCUUCAGUCUCCUAGUUUUUGCUAGUGUCUGGCUUUCCUUUAUUCCUGCAUACUUGAGUACUCAUGGAAAGUAUAUGGUCUCAGUUGAGAUUUUUGCCAUCUUAUCUUCCAGUGCUGGAAUGCUUGGAUGCAUUUUUCUGCCAAAAUGUUAUAUCAUUCUACUGAGACCUGAUCUCAACACUAAAGAACAUUUGAUCAAAAAGGGAAAGCUGCAUUAACUAUGAGGUUUGGACAUUUGCAUUAAAUGUGUAAGAAAAUGUCUGUGUGUCUGUCUAUAUUAUAUUUAUAUAUACAUCUGUUUCAUGUACAGUGCAGUUAAGAGUAAAAAAUAGAUGUAUUUUAACUAACUACCUUUUACAAAUUGCUAAAGAUUUCAUCAACAUGAAAACUGCAAUUGACAUUGAGCCUUGUAGAAUAAAGAAGGAAUACUAUUUAAUGUUUUAAAAAGCUAACUGCAUUAAUAUUAAUCAUGUUUUUCUCUUUGUUUAAUAGUAAAUCGCAAUUUGAUGUUCCUGUUUAUUUUUUAUUAUAUUCACUGCAUAUUUUUGUGAUUUUUUUUUCCUUUUCUAGGACUCUAUCAGGCUAUUAAAAAUGUUCACAUGUAUCUUUUGCAGGAUAUUUAAUAUUUUUUCCAAAUGAGCAGCUAAUGAAAUGCAACCAUUUUCAUCAUACAUUGUCCUACAUAUUAUUUUACUGUAGCUGCAUUAGCAGUUUUCUUCAGGAUGUGAGUAUUUAGUUUAGCUGAAUAAGACAGCUUUUACAAUUGCCUGCUUGUUAAUACUCCAUCAAUCACUUAGUAUAUCCUGUUUGAUAUCUUAAAUAUAUUUAUAAACUUUCACAGUUACUAAACCAAACUGUUUCUUAACAUUUUUCAGCAAGUCAGUAUAUUACGUACUUAUUAUUCACAAAUAUUACAUUCUAUUACAUAGCAGAUGUUUU